GGGGGCCGUUGAUGGAUAUUCUUGAUGAUGAGAGUGAGUUUAUAGCUCGUCCCUACGCUUCUCCUGUGGUUGGGGUGGUUCCGUUUCGGAUGUAUGACUCGAGAGAUUCUGAGGUGGCUUUUGAUGGUCGACUGAGUAAUGCGGAGACAAUGACGGCUUGUAGCUUCUUGUCAUGUUCCUUGCCUUAUUUUAUAGGAGGAGCUUAUGGCUCUACAUCCUAUAAUCCGGCGAGAGUGGCUCGCCAAUUUGGAUUUGAUCAGGGGGUCCCUAGUCCUAGCGUAGUCCUUCCUGUGUCUGAUACUUUUGAGCAGUUUUUCUGUCAUACUCAUCUUCCGAGACUCCAGAAGUAUAGCAAGUUUACUCGGACGAGGGUUGAUCGUGUAGGAGGGGUAACAGUUGGUUGGCGACAUUAUUGGAAGGAGACUUUUGCCGCCUUUCAAGAGUUUCUCGGGGGUGAUAUUUGGGACUUAGAGUUUAUAUGCGUUCCAUCGGAUAACGAACUGUGUCAACCGCGCGUGAAAGGCCGGACUGAAUUGGCUAGGGGCGAGUUGUCUCGAUUUGCACGUUUGGAGUUACUCUCUGAUGUGUUGACUCAGGCAAGGGUGGUUGGUACAGACAGUUUUCUAGGGGAAGUUGGUAUAUCCAAACGACGCCCGAGCCAGCCUAAGAAGGAGCCUUCCCAGAGAAUGAAGGUACAAAGGUCAGCUACCCAUCAUGAUGUUUCUGUGGCACUUAGGGUGGCGGGCGUGCCUUCUGAGGAAGAGAACUCUGAUGAUGAUUUGCUUCCGCAUCGGCGGUUGCGGAAACAAAGUAAUGCUAAAGGUUUUAGUGAUUCCGAAAGUGAAGGUGACGAUGGGGAUAGCUCAGAGGCCAAUUUGAAUGCGAGAGAUGAUGAUGUUGUUAAAGUUACAUCCGAGCGGGCAAAUGUUCCUCUUGAUAGGAUGAGAUCUGAGGUUGUUGCGCCAUGUGGUGAAAGUAGAGUGACUUUUGCACCUCCUCUAUUGCAGUUAGGACAUCCGGUGGCACAGUCAGUUAGGCUUGGGGAGUCCGAUGUUGAUGACCCGACUGGUCAGUUGCCUUUGUCUGAUGCUCAGUCUCGCCUGCCUCCUGGUGGAGUCCCUACCAUAUCUUUAUUUGGUGAGAGUAGUGGUUUUUCGUCGGUCGAUGCUCAUCUUAGUGUGCCUUCAGUUGUGGCUUCAGCUGGUGCUCAGACUAGCCUUCAUUUGGUGGAUGUUCAGCCUGGUACUUUGCCUGCUUCGUUGGGAGUUACUACUAGUCUGCCACUUGGUAAGAGUGGUAGUUAUGACCAUGAUGAUACUAUUGCUCCCAACGGUCAGACGAGUUUACCUUUCUUGGAUGGCGAGUUUACCGUGACCCGUCUUGAUAGUGGUUGCGUAUCCUUGGCAGGGGCUGAUGGCAAGGAGCAAGUCCUCGAUUCCAAAGUACUGUUUGCUGGCGUGCGAGAUGAAUGUUUGCCUAGAUUGAGCUUUAUUUUUGAUCAUAGACCCAGCACUUUCAUGCGUUUGGAGGCUAUGUUCUUACGACGCUAUUUGUUAGAGGCGUUCUGUGAUAUGCUCAGCGGGUUUCAUGGUCUUACUCCGGAGACUUCUAUUGAUACGUUUCAGUCAUUUCAAACUGCUGUGGCUGAGUUUCAGCGGCAUGAGUUUGAGGUGAGCUGGCUGAGAGAGAGUUUGUCUCGUAUGGAAGUGCAGGUAAAGAAUCGCCAUCUCAAGUUUGAGCUAGCGGAAAUGGACAGGGCUUUGGUGGAAUCGGCGUCUUCUAGGGAGAAGGCUGUGGUGGAGUUAGAGCGGGCGACCAAGGCAUUGGCGGAUGUGGACUUGGCGAUGUCGAGUUUGAGAGAGAGGAGAGCCGUGGUAGAGGCUCAGCUUAUUAGUGUGGAAGAUGAGGCUUUUGACUUAGAUAGCCAGAUAGGUCCAGUUUAG